GUGCGACCGACAAAAAUUCCGAUCCCCCUUGAAAUUCAAUUGAAUCAACAGAAUACUCGAUACUUCACCGUGGCUCUUGAGGGCGACGACGAGAAAUUCUCAACUCUUAAUUUCAAUGCUGAAAUGUCUACCCGUUACCAAUUUUUCCUUGUCUCAGCGAACUUAUCCCACUCUCAAUACGAAUCCAUUCUCAGUCCCUGUCUCGCGCGUAAUCAGCGAUUUUACGGAGGUUCGCGAGUAAUCGUGAUAACAAGAGCGAGGAACGUGUCAGCGCUGUGAUAAGAAAUCAUCAAAGUUAGUCAGUACGGUGCCGAGCGUUGAGACAGUUAAAUCGGUUUUUGAUUUGGCAUUGGAAAAAAUAUGUAAAAUUACAAAAAUCCGUGAAAACUCAGCAUAAAAAGUGUAAAAUAAAAAACGAAAGACAAAAUUUAUGUUUAUUAAAAAAAAAGUGAUAACAAUAAGAAUGUGAAUUUUUUCAAAUUUCAAUAAAAAAUUGAACUACGAAAGUUUCGGGUUUAUUAUGACAGUACGUAAAUUUAAAUAAUAAUCUGGUCUGCGUGAAUUAAAAAAAAAAAAAUGAAUUGCUACAACGAAUUCCAAGUGCUGCUUAUCGUUGCAAUAAGCUAUUCCAGGGUUCGCUUCGGAUUGUCAAAUACGGCGAACAUAACCUCAAAUUAGAAACGUAUCGAAAGAAGAUAUAUUAAAGCAAGUUGGAAAUUGCAAGUUCAGUGGCUCGAGGUAGAAUGAAAAAAUAAGUUUUCCCUGGGGCGCUUAACUUUUUGCGAAUUGCAAAGGUAAACUUCGUAAUUCGUGACUGAUAAUUGGAGGCGGCUGGUAAGUGGAGAUCGUCAGGUACAUAUAAGACGCACAGCAUACUGCGGCUAACCAGUCGAUCGUCCGCAAGCUGUGUCGCAAGUCUGUCACAGAAGCGUUAUAAGUAGAUUAACUUAAAAAAAUCUAUGACCAGUUUGCGUUGACGUGAAAAAGCGACGGAAGCUGCGAGCUUCCGAAUAGUCUGGCGGAAACGGCCGAAGCUACACUAACCUUCAAAUCUCGUACGUGACAUGAACGAAGGACGCGUUGAAGUGAGCGACAGGACGUUCUGGACACGAAUGUCGCCCCGAAUAAUUCGCUCGACUUCAGGGAACUUGGUGCGCUACGAGAAUCAUUGUAAAAUGGAUGGAGACAUUUCAAAUGGCAAUUCGAACGGGCAGUCCUACUCGCCUGAAAGUGGCGAGGAUCAGAAGUUGCUUCCUUCGUGGAGUCAGACGCCGAUCAUAGUACAAGUGCCGAAGAGUCCAAAUCCGUCCUUUCGAAGCAGGAGCCGUUACAGGGCAGGUCCAGUGAAAAAAAUUCGUAGACGGGUGGUCCUCAAAAAUGGAGAGUGCAACGUAUUGCAAUCACGAAUAUCACGAAGAUCGCUACGCUUCCUUCAGGACAUCUUCACCACCCUGGUAGACACCCAAUGGCGUUGGACAUUGCUCUGCUUCACCCUGAGCUUCUUCCUGUCCUGGUUAGGAUUCGCUGUCAUCUGGUGGCUCAUAGUCUUCACUCAUGGUGACUUGGAAAAGGACCACCUGCCAUCUGUCCAAGUUGAAAACAAUUGGACACCUUGCGUAAUCAAUAUAAAUUCAUUUACAAGCUGCUUCCUCUUCUCCAUCGAAACUCAACAUACCAUUGGCUACGGCAGUAGGACCACCACUGAAGAAUGUCCUGAGGCCAUUUUCGUAAUGUGCAUCCAGAGCAUUGCUGGUGUGAUGAUACAAGCCUUCAUGGUUGGAAUUGUCUUUGCCAAGAUGACAAGACCCAAGCAACGUACCCAGACCCUGCUCUUCUCCAGAAACGCUGUCAUCUGUCAGCGAGAUGGUGAACUCUGCUUGAUGUUCCGGGUCGGAGACAUGAGAAAGAGCCAUAUUAUUGGCGCCACCGUCAGGGCCCAGGUCAUCCGAUCAAGGACCACCAAGGAGGGUGAAUUCCUCUCGCAGCAUCAACAAGAGCUGGCCAUUGGUACCGAUGGAGAUAAUGGCAAUCUCUUCUUCAUCUGGCCUACAACAAUUGUUCAUAACAUCAAUGCGGACUCGCCAUUUUAUAAUAUGUCUGCCGAGGAUAUGCUUACCGAACGGUUUGAAGUUGUUGUCAUAUUGGAAGGAACCAUUGAGUCCACUGGUCAGACUACUCAGGCUAGAUCUAGCUAUCUGCCUCAAGAAAUACUCUGGGGUCAUCGAUUCGAACCGAUGGUCGGCUACUCUAAGGAGAGACAAGGAUACGAGGUUGACUACUCAUUAUUUAAUAGUACUACUCAAGUGGAUACUCCUCUUUGCUCCGGUAGGGAAUUGGCUGAAUUCUACAGGGUCCAGGAUGAUCUUCGUCAUGGACCUGGUUUUAUAGUCGAUGACGAUGGCGCCACGGUGGAUCCUUAUCCGGAUAUGUAUACGCAGUACAUGGGUCACCAUCCUCCUCGAAGUUCAGGUCAUCAUCCUCUGGUCCAUGCUGAGAGUACUAAGAGUGCGGCUAGUGAUAUCAGUCUAGAGGAUAGCACGAUAGGACGAAGCCUUUACAGGGACGAUUCCCUAGGUCCACAGAUGCCAAACCGAGAAACUGGAACAAGCAGAAUCAUUGACUUAGAUCCGGACGCCAUUCAGGUAAUCGGCGAAGCUGAACUAUACCAGUUACCAGAAGCGGUGAACAAGGAGAUCCUCAAGAACAGCAGAGAGAUCGUCUUCGAGGAACAGGAAAUGGAUAGCUUACCAGAGGCAGUCAAUCCUAAGCGUCCAAUGGGAUACCCAGGAAGUAUCGAUGACAAGAGAUCCUUAAACGGAUCAAAAAACUUGAGCUUCAGGACUCUUGGACUUGACGAUGAGAAGCGAUCGCUCAAUGGUUCCAGGAGGAAUUUGAAUGGUUCCAGAAGGUACCACGUGCUGUUAGAUCAUGGUGAUUCCUUCAGCAGUAGUGCCAGGAACCUCUUCCACGUAGGCAGUAGAGAAAAUCUUGGUCCUCGAAGACACACAGGCAGCAAAGAAGGACUGAACGUCAUUCGCAAGACUGUAAGAGGCAUGAAAGGAUCUAAGGAGACACCAGAGUUAAGAUCUCGUAGGAGGUUACCUGAUAUCAGUCAGGGCAAUCAGACCGAGGUCGGGGUCGACGUUGAAAGGGUUCCUAAACAAGAUAAUCCUAGUAAUUAUACAUCACCUAGCAGUUCAGUCUUAACUGAAUCAGGUCGAUCACCGGAAUCUGGUUUCGUCGACCAAACACAGUAUUCCAGUCCUGAAUCCAUAAAACGUGGUCCCAGGCUACCUCAGAAUUCCGUAAUCGCCAGGAACAGACGAAGUUACGAAAACGCACAGCUCCAGGAUAUGCACGAAGCUCUCACGAGGACCAUCAGCGAGAGUAGUUCUUCGGACAGUGAGAGCACCACCAAGAACGUCGUGGCUUCAAUAUCAGUGCCUAAUAAACAUAUAGUAACAAUUAAUUUUAAAUCUAAUUCCAAGCCGAUGUCUUAUACCAGUGUUUAAUCAUGUAACAUCUAAUAGAAUGGAGUAUACCCACAAAAGUCUAUACUGCCUUCAAACUAACUCUUGAAGUAUCCAUUGGACUGUUACUAUAAGCAAUGGAAAAAAAAAACUUUAUCUUUGUUAUCUUGGUAUGAAAUUUUACGCGAGACUGCCGGUCGGUCCUCUAGAAUUAUGUUUAAAUGCCAAUUAAACGGUAAUCCAAAAGCUGAUAAAAUCAAUUAUAAAAAAAAAAAAGAAAUCGACAAACCGAGAGUUCGGUCGAAUCUACCAUGUUCUUAUUGUAUUAUAAUGAUAGGCAAUUAAUUUAGUGACAAUAAUACUUGCGAAAGUGCCUUAAUGUUUAGCGAUCAAUUCUCGGGGUUAAUUGUGUGAUGAAUCAGCUGUCAAUAUUGUACGUUACAAGUAGGUUAGGUUAAUCCGCGAUGCCUUCACAUACCCUUACGUUAAAUCCUAAGGUGGAAAUAGUCAGAUAGAUUUAGACUUCUUUUUUUUUUUUUAAUAUUUUUCCUCUUCAUUUCCAAAACGAGCAUAAUCAUUAUUGUUGUUAUUAUUGUCAAAAAUGAAAUUCGAGAUCUCGUAGGUGAUUCGAUGUCUGCAUGCUUACACGCGCAUGCGCAUAACGUAUCCGGGUAUGGAUGUGAGAAUGUGCACGAAGAACGUACGAUUAAUAGUCAAUAUUUAUUUACUACCGUGAAUAUAUUUUAGAUUAAUAUUAUUUGUAUAUAAUACGUUACAGAGCGCGCGUAAGACGUCAAGAUAUUAAUUAUGCCAUGCGUUUAUACUAAUUGCGUAUAUGCAUGUGUAUAUAUAGGAUAUUCUCUUCCUCGAGUCGUAGGAGGAAACAACGAGAGGGCGAUAGUAGUGGAAAGAAGUUGAAGAAAGGAAAAGAAAAAAUUAAAUUAACUGGACUGAAUUGCGUUAUGACAAAGAAAAUUGAGAAGCGAUGAGAAAAUACGAGAGUUAUAAGUUAUGUACGUAAUGCGCGUCCAGGAUCUUCGGCGCCAUUAUACUUUUUACUACGUCGAUCAUACCAACCGCGUAAACACACAUCAUUGUGAUUAUUAGAAUUAAUUUAUGUGAAUGUUGUUUGUAAUAAAUUUCAAAUUUAAAAUUA